UGCUCCAAAACAAAUGGCCGGAGUGAACGCUGAAACUUGAUGCCAUACCUGCGUAGAUUGAUCUCGACUUCGACUUGCACUUUCUGGGCGGAGGGAGUUGGCGGCAGGGUGAGAAGUCCACUAAACAGUCACUUAUCUUCUGUCUACUGCAGGCUAAUAUGAAGUUCAGUUAAUACUCACGAUAGCCUGGGUGCCUCUUCAGCCAGCUGCCCCGGAAUAGUUAUUUGCGGAACCACCUCACAACCAUAGACCUUCCCUAGCCAUGCCGCCGCCAAACCAGUCACCACCAGGCAAGGAGGCACGGCCGCCUGAAAAAAUCCCGCCGCUGAGCAACAUUGCGCCCAGUGUCUUCGUCCCGCUUCGCGAAGACAUCCUCAACACAGACCUGCCUCGGGACCGCGUCGAGCGCCUCAAGAGGAUCCUCAGCAGCAUUGACUACCAGCGGGAAGGCGUCAAGGAAAACCUCCUCUACAUGUUUGAGCGCGAGAAGAGGCGCAUCAUGCAAGAGGCCGCCGAGAGGGAGCAGGCACAGGGACCGCCCCUGAUCAGGCCAGCUCUGCACCCGAGCGAGGUGGACACCAUCAUCGCCAACAUGGAGGCGCCCGCCGCGCCCGGCAUGGACUACAACAUCCGGAACAUGCCGCCGGUCGAGGUUGGAGAGCGGCUGUCUCCCAAUCUGUCGAUCCGGGACAAGGCCGUGAUGGACCUGCUUACUGUGGUGGAGAGGGCCGUGUUGGACUUGCAGUCGUUUGGGAACUACAUGGCGGGCAUCAAGGAGUACUAUCUGGGCUGUCUCGAGAGGGAGUUGGCGAGGAUCGAGGACGUCGGGAAGCGGCCUGAGGAGCGCUCCGCGGGCAGGGAGGGUUAGACUCUCCGAUCCGCGCUUUCAUCGCAGGUAGCAGAGGCGUUGCUCCGUUGUGGUACGCGUUUGGUCGUCCCGCAAAUACAUCUGCAACUGGAAGAACGAAUGGGCGUGCGGAAAUGUGGCAACCGGCGGUAAGAACCAUUGCUCAUCGAGACCAGAAGAGCUCUCUCACAUGCAUCCAAUAUCGGAGCCGAAAUCUCAAUCUAGAGCACAGGAUAGAGGAGGACUCGGUGGGAGAGCGAUGCGGCGCAAAUGCGCCAGACCGCCGACAAAAUUCUCCUACAAUAAGUGCCCAGAGUACAAUGAAGAGAGAAAAAGUUUCAAGCAGAGCGAAGCUGC